ACAAACGUUUUUUGUCUUGACGGUGCGUUUACACUUUUUGUGAAUGACUAAUAAUUUCCCUUCGACUCAUGCUUACUCUGUAUUCGCAGAACCAGUCUUCUUUAAUCUCUGCUUUGCUGUAUAAAAACCCAAAAACCAUUGUUUCGGCCAGUCAGUUGAAAUUCGGCAGUGCCACGGUCAACAUGGCGUUAAUUUUUGAUAGUGUGCUUUUGGAUAUUGCGGCCCUGCUCAGUUUUUGUGCAGUGGGACUUUAUUUCUAUUUCAAACACAUCUAUUCAUAUUGGGACAGAAGAAAUGUGAAAUCAAUUAAACCAGUCAUUCCUUUUGGCAACAUCAAGGAUGCCAUUUUGCUGAAGACAACUUUCGCAGAGAAUUUUGUGGAUAUAUAUAAUAGCACGGAUGAGCCAGUCAUUGGCGUUUAUGCCAUAAAUCAACCUGGUCUCAUGAUUCGUGACAUUCAUUUAGUUCGUUCAAUUAUGAUUAAAGAUUUUCAGUAUUUCCACGAUCGCGGUGUGAAUGUUAAUGAGGAUAUUGAUCCACUGUCUGGACAUCUUUUUUCAUUGCCCGGUGAGAAAUGGAAAAAUCUACGCAGCAAACUGACACCAACAUUUACAUCCGGAAGAAUCAAGGCUAUGUUCCAAACGUUCCUCGACUGCGGCAAAAGUUUAGAAGCACACUUAACAAAAAAUUCUGAUGCAAACACUGAAGUCGAAAUGCGCAAUUUGAUGGCUUGUUACGCGACCAAUAUUAUUGCUUCUGUUGCAUUUGGAUUAGAAACAGACACAAUCAUCGAACCUGAGGCCACGUUUAGGAUUAUGGGUCGAAAGUUUUUCGAUCCAACUUUGAAAAAUCUCUUCAGAUUCACAUGUACAUUUAUUUUGCCACGAUUCGGCAAAAUGCUGAAUGUGAAGUCUGUGGAUAAUGAUUAUGAAGCUUUCAUCUUCAAAAUGGUCAAAGAUACAAUGGAUUAUCGCGAGAAGAAUAAUAUAAUUAGAAAGGAUUUUAUGCAACUCCUUUUGCAACUGAAGCACACGGGAAAAGUCGAUUAUGAGGAUUCGUGGAAUUUCGAAAAAUCGAAAAAUGGUGAUGUAAAAAACAUAUCUUUCGAAGAACUAGCCGCUCAGGCUCAUGUGUUCUUCCUGGCUGGCUUCGAAACUACGUCAACCACGAUGUCUUUCUGCUUCUACGAACUGGCUAAAAAUCCCGACAUUCAAGCCAAAGUUCAGACCGAAAUCGAUGAAGUAACGAAGAAAUAUGACGGCAAAAUUACAUAUGAAUCAGUGAACGAAAUGAAAUACUUAGAAAGCUGUAUUGAUGAGACACUCAGAAUGUACGGCCCUGUUCCUGUCCUCAAUCGCGAGUGCACCAGAGAAUACAAACUCCCCGGAACUAACAUAACAGUGGAGAAAGGAACGCGAAUCUUCAUUCCCUCGCAUGCAAUUCAAAAUGAUCCAAAACACUUCCCAGAUCCAGAUACAUUCAAACCUGAGAGAUUUUCCACUGAUGAGUGGAACUCUGCUGGAGGACUCAAAUACAUGCCAUUCGGAGACGGACCGAGAGCUUGCAUUGGAUUGCGAAUGGGAAAACUUCAGGCAAAAAUCGGAAUAGUUCUAAUUCUAUCCAAAUUCAACAUUCAUUUGGGUGAAAGACUGCAAAAAAUGAAAAAAUUCAAGUAUGAGUUGAAGAGUUUCACGCCAGCUAUCGAAGGUGGAAUGCAUGUUAAAGUGACUCGCAGGACUCAUUAAAGUAUUGUAAUUAUGUGGCAAAACAAUAAAUCAAAGGCUUCGCUUCA